AUGAAUUCUCUGCCUAACGAACUUGUCUCGCUCAUCCUCCGAGAUGCUACAUGCGACGAAGACUCGCUGCAAAACACUUUUAAUGAUCCUUGCGUACUCGCCACGUAUCGCUUUACGGAGACGGAUCGGUCCUAUGCCCCUAUGCAGACUAAAGUCGCCCUAUCUCUGGUCUGUAAGCGACUAAAUGUGCUCAUACAGCCUUAUUUAUACGAGUACGUCUACGCCCACUCCUCUUGCAUUGGUCUUUUACUCGAUUCUCUUCAAAAGCGCAACCGUGCGCGUCUUGUGAAGCGAGCAGACGUCCACCUAUACGAUUUCGUACCCGACUGGGAGAAUGGAUGGCAAAAUGUUCUUCCAUUAUGCAAAAAUAUUCGCAUUCUGGAUAUAUACGAACGGCUCGGAUAUCCGCCAUCGGACUGGGCGACCCAAAUCUGCUUCACGAUUAGCAAGCUUUCUAUUCUAACGCGAAUAGAAUGGAAUGGUCCAAAUGCCGAUAUCGCGGAUAUGCAGCAACUCUGUAUUCUCUGUCCAACGAUUCAGCAUCUCGGAAUGACGCUCAACGCGCUACCAGAAACGAGCGACGCGCAUAACGAUGCGUUUGCGAUCAAAUUUCCUUCCUUGCGGGUCCUGUUACUCAACUGGGUCCAGCCCGUCGAGGUAGUCGAAGCGGUCAUGUACCCGCCUUUCUCCAACUGGGAUACACCGCAAUUAGAGCAUCUAACAUACUUCAUUGGCGGAAGAGCACAUUAUGUGCUUGUAAGGGGACUGCUGGAGAAUGAGUGGGGACGAACGAUUACCUCGCUUGAGCUCCCGGUACUCGGUAAGAACGCGACGUUUUGGUUCGAUCCGACUGUACUGCACAAGAUGCCCAAGCUGUAUACACUUAUUCUCGACGUAUUCAAGGUCAUCCUCCCGCCACUUGGGGUCUCGUCAUUAUCAAUCGAACAUCCAACUCUUGCCGUCCUCGGAUGGCGUCUCCGAAUCGGCUCUGCGCUACACGAUAUUACACAGAUUCAAGCCCAUAGACGCCAUUUUUCACUCACUCCCGGCUCCCCAGUAUACUUUCCAAAACUGGCGCACGUCAAGAUCGUCCAUCCACAUCCAUUUGACGAGUAUUACGCACGCACACUCACGCCUCCACUCGUGGCAUUCUGGAAAGAGCUACUAGAGGAUAAAGAGUGGGUUCCCAUCCUGGAUUUCGAGGGAACAGAUCUGAGAGGGUAUUUCUCUGGUAAUACGAACCUAGAUGAGGGGGAAGGUUGGGAGAGCAUAGGACUGGUGACUGAGACCAGCGAUAGUUGCCAAUCACUAGUCAAAGAAAAUCACUGGAAAUUCCGGUAG